AUGGUGUUACAAAACGAGUCGUUGAGCCGCGCGGCGAUCAACGUCAAUUCGACACGGUUCAUAGCGUUGCAAUACAUGGGCAUCGGAAGAGAUUCGCUUGCGUCAGACAAUGGACUAUUCACUCGAGCGAAGGUCAUCGUUACGCAUGUUCAGCGUCGAUCAUUGUUGCACCUCAAUUUGUUUUGGGAAUCUGCAUCGGAGAGGUUCGAUGGUUACACGGAAGAUAAGUGA